AUGGAAGCGCCAGAGCAUCCUCAGAAGAGUGGUGAAAAGAGAUUGGCGGAUCCUGACAACUCCCACGCCAACAAGAGGAUUCGACAACUCUCCCCAGCAAAGUUGCGUGACGAGCAGCUUGAGACCAAACAAGACAUUCAAACACGCAUGGACCUUUUUGCUGCGGAAAUAAAAACGCUGAAAGCUCGUCUUGCUCUUGCUACUCCCCGGACUAGUAAUGCCGCCCUCCCAAUUUCCACUGAUUUCAAUUUCCUCCGCGAUACUCAUGAAGAAAUAGGUACCGCCGAGACUCCCGCCGUCACUGAUCCAGAACCAAAGAUCAAGGUUGCUGGAAGCGAUGGAGCCGGUGCGGAUACCAGUUCCUCUGUGAACGCUGCCGAAAAGGCUGGUAAGACUGACGACAGUCGGCGCAAUGAGCCUUUCUUAUUCACAGCCGGCCAUUCCUGGACUAACUCUGCAGCUUCAUCUGAUGAUGGGUCAGUGUCUAUGGCAGAUUCCAUCUUCACGUCCCAACCACGUCGACGGCCAUAUGACCGCAAGGCCCGACACUACGGCCCUCACAGCAUGCUCCCUCCCCAAUACUACGGCUCCCGUAGAGAAUCACCUUUCGGAUCCCGCGACUCUCGCAGAGGAUCGAGUGCUCGGCACUAUGACUCUUAUAGAGGACCGACGUCAUCGGGAUACCCCCAGAUCCCCCGGGGAAGGACAAGAGCCCUCAGCACUCUCCUCUCGGGGAACUCCGUCACUGCUUUUACGCGACCCUCCGACUAUACGCGCGGUCGAGAUGAGCUUCAGCCAGGUACCAUCAUCUCUGCUCCUCACCACACCCAAGGCCGCUCCGACAUCGUUUCUGCGGAAGAUAGGAACAUGAUGUACUCAGAUUUCGGCGCUGUCCACUCAAAGUAUCGUAAGAUGAUCAUUCUCGAAACCUGGGGCGAGCAUUGCAUUUGCUUGCCCCUCUAUACUUACCGUGGUAAAGGCCUCGCAGGUCGUCGCGUAUUUGCUGCGGAAUACCUUAGCGUCCGUGACGAUGACCUACCUUACUGGGAUCCCAAAGAGUCCAGCGCCGAACCGCUAACGGCUAUUCGGGAUAAAAACUGGCCAAUAUGGAGCACCUUCAUAACGGGUCGAACUGUGGUUAAGCUGACGGAGAAGAUUGUUCACAACUAUGCUGACAAGUGCUCAGUCGAAGGACACAUCGCUCGUGCUGAUUUCCGGAGAUUGUACAAAACAUAUAUGGAGAUGGUCAAGUCUAAGGAGUGGGAGAUUCUCGGCCCCGAAACAGGAUUUAAAAAAGAGGAUCAGGAGUUGGAGGACGGCGAGAUUGUUGAGUAUCACUAA